AUGAAAAAUCAUUGUGUUCUAGGGUUAUGUUUAAUUGAUGAAACUGAUGUGUCCAUGUUAACGGAAUGGCUUAGUAGCCAAGCGCGUGUCGAACCAAUGCAGUCGGUACGCACAACACGCGGCAACAGGGUGCGUCUAGAAUGCAAGGCAAGCGCCCGGCCGCCACCACGCAUAACGUGGUACAAGGACGGGAACCCCGUCGCUGAUAUCGCAUUAAGGAGAUUCCGGGUGCAAAAUUUUAGGAGGCGCUCGGUAUUAGUGAUAAGACAUGCUCGUAGUGAAGACACGGCGAAGUACGAAUGCAGAGCGCAAGGUGCCAUUGGACCGCCGGCGAUAGCCACCGCCAAUGUCACCGUUCUAGCACCAGCGCCUGAUGACUCAGCGUCAUUGGGUUCGCCCUGUCCCAUGCCAGACCCCUCGUCGUACUGCCUCAAUGGAGGCACUUGUUUGUUCUUCGAAAUCGUUCAAGAACAAGCUUGCAAAUGUCCGGAAGGCUUCAACGGACAGCGAUGCGAGAACAAGGAUAUAUCAAAUCGAAGCAGUAAAGGCGAACGCUUGUGGUAG